AUGAAAAAGAAUGACAUGGGACGAGGGGUUCCUUUCCGCAGACCCACACCGCCGGUGACUCCGAAAGAUGUAGAUUUUGGUCAAGCCUGUGAUGCACAGGCCAGGAUCAGACGAAUAAUUCCUCGCCAGGAGGUAAAGGAUCCGGAUGAUCCAGCACCUCCAAGUCCGGCAGGGCCCAUACCCACAAUCCCGGCAGCACCGACGGUUCCGGUAGCGCCACCUCCUGGUCAUACUGGCCCUCAUCUCUUGGAGGAUUCCAGAGGAACCCUUUGUGAGUCUGAUCUGGGGCUACCAGGCACGGUUAUGGAUCCCAUUUUGGAAGACGGAGGUAUAGUUGUCGGCACCUCGAGAAGCCGGGCCUCCAGCCGUGCAUCUCGGCGUUCCGCGCGGUCUUCCUUCCCCUGGAUGGCGAGCCCGUCUGGCCGCUUCCUCAGUAUCCGACCAACUCAUUUCUAA